AUGGCAUAUAGAGGAACCGCACAAAUGACAGUCCCUCAGACGAGGAAUGAAGAGAGUCCAGGUCCAGGAGAAUGGAGAUUUGGCUUUAACGACAAUCAUGAUUUAAUAUGGCAGUGUCGCACCUCGUGGGACCAUGGUUCAUGGGAUACAGGAACCGUGGAGUGA